CGCAUUUACUGGUGUUUCCUUGCAUGAACUAGUGGUCUCUUAACUCAACCGUUCUCCAAAAAUCUAUACUUACUUGGACAAAAAGUAAUUAUCGAAUAAACAGAGGGACCUGUUAACAGAGCCUGUUUUCUUUAUUUUUUGUCGUACGUUGUACUAUACAGUCAUCAGCUGUUUCAGACCAUGGAUGAAGGCUUUCUCUGACCAGUGGAGAGGAACAAUAGCCAACGUGGACGAAUAAGACCAUUUGACAACGCGCGGACAAUUAAAAAUCACUUUGGAAUUUUUCAGAAAGCAAACAAAUAGCUAAACAAACGUGAAAGGAAUAUUGGAAUCUCCUUUUCGCGUCGUUGUUUGAUCAUCUGGCAAAGAUUUCUUUUUGCACUCUUGGACAAUAUACGGGGAAGGCAGCCGUCUGUGUCCCCACAAACGCCACGCAGAAGCUUUUAGUCGUACUGAGGCACACAUUCACUGACCUGGUUGGUCCUCUGGUUCGCAUUAUAUCGGAUGGACCAGCAUUCUGAAACUCGUAGCUGCACCAGUCACGGACCUUCAUCCCAUUGUCCCGAGCUUGUACCGAGUGAAACCUCCAUGAAUUUAUUCAUCAGUUCAACCACCGGCACCCGCUUUGAGCUUUCUCUUCCUUUGGAAGAGACGGUGGAGGGACUAAAGAGGAGGCUUUCACAAAAACUUAAAGUUCCUAAGGACAGACUCGCUUUGCUGCACAAAGACACGAGGUUAAGCACAGGGAAGCUUCUGGACUUUGGAGUAGCUGAUGGAAGUAAGCUGACUCUGGUUCCCACAGUAGAAGCCGGCUUGAUGUCUCAGUCCUCAAGACCUGAGCAGUCCAUCAUGCAAGCACUGGAGAGCCUAACAGAAACUCAGGUCAGUGAUUUUCUGUCGGGAAGGUCGCCCCUCACGCUGGCCCUGCGCGUGGGAGAUCACAUGAUGUUCGUCCAGCUGCAAUUAGCGGCUCAGCAAUCCUCCGGCCAGCAGCACCAUCGCCACCACCUGUCCAGGGGUCCUUCGGGUGCGGGCUCCACGCCCGUGGGCUCCUGUGGAAGCAGUAGCAGCAGCAGCAGCAGCAACAACAACAACAACAACACCAACGUCGGACAGAUGAGGAGCCCACAUUCCCAUCACACGCAAUCGGCUUCACGCCUCGAGUUUCCAGUCAGCUCCUCAUUCUCGCCCAACGCUCGCACAGACCAACAAGCUUCGCCCAGUGCCCACGCUGUGCCUGCCAGACCCUGCCCCACCCUGUUUGCUGGCACUGCACCCCACCCUCAUUUGUCUUCAGGUGCCGGUUCAGGCGUUCAGAACGCAGCCCCGCCCACACCUUGCCCGCGGGCUGAUUGCAGUACAAAGAUCCCCAGCAGUAGCUCUGCCUCCAGACAGACAAGAAAACCAGGCGCCGUCAUCGAGAGCUUUGUCAACCAUGCGCCUGGGGUUUUCUCAGGAACCUUCUCAGGCACUUUACAUCCUAACUGUCAGGACAGCAGUGGGCGGCCCCGUCGUGACAUCAGCACCAUCCUGCAGAUCCUGAACGAUCUGCUCAGUGCCACGCGGCACUACCAGGGCACCCCUCCUUCACUAGCGCAGUUACGCUGCCAGACCCAGUGUACCCCUCCAUCACCUACACCCUCCCCGCCUGCUUCACCCACCUCUCCCACUCACUUCUCCACCUCAACUACCUCGGAUAGUCAGACACCUAGUCACAGCCGGCUGGCCAAACCUGCUGGUGAGCAUGUGCGUCAGACCGAGAACAGGGCGACACGUUGUAAGGUGGAGCGGCUCCAGCUUCUGAUGCAGCAGAGACGGUUGAGGCGAAAAGCCAGAAGGGACACGCGCGCCCCUUACCACUGGCUGCCCAAUCGCAAGGCUGCACGUAGCCAUAGCAACAGCAGCCUCUCCAGCGAAGGCUCACUGGACCUGGACUUUGAAGAGUCCGUGUGGAAGCCCGACGUCCAGUCAGAUAUGAACACAGAGUACGUCAUGGCCUGAACAGACACGCCCAUAACUCUGUGAGAGAGGGCCAGACGGCGUCAUAGGGGUGCGAGAGGAGGCGAAGAAUGAAAGAAGCCAAAAAAAAAAAAAAAAAAAGAAUGGAAAAAAGAAUUUGAAGA